AUUCAUUCCAACACCCUCUGUACCACUGAUAUCAUAUAAUGGCACCAUCCUUCCUCAUCCUCCUACUACUUCAAUCUCUCCAUGCCUGUACUUAUUCCCAAAGAGUGAAUCAAACUGAUUCUCUUCUAAAAUGGAAAACCAGUCUCCACUACAAAAGCCAAACCUCACUCUCUUCUUGGGUUGGGGACAAUCCUUGUAGUUGGGUUGGAAUCACUUGUGACAAGGCUAGAAGCAUCACCAAUCUAAACCUUUCAAGUUAUGGUUUAAAAGGUACACUUCACAGUCUCAACUUUCUUGCCUUCCCUACUUUGAUGGAGCUUCAACUUUCUGAUAAUUCAUUGUAUGGGACAAUUCCCCCAAGUAUAGGCAAGCUGUCCCAACUAAGAAUUCUUUACUUGGAUUGCAAUGAUUUCUCAGGAAAUAUUCCAUCAGAGAUAGGAUUGUUAACGAGUCUCAAUUUGCUUUCUCUUUAUGGAAAUCAAUUAAAUGGAGCCAUUCCUAAAGAAAUGGGAAUCCUUGAGUCUCUCAAAAACAUUGAUUUAUCAAAUAACAAUCUCUCGGGUCAAAUACCUAGUUCUAUAGGAAAUUUAAAAAUUUUGUGUAUCUUUAAUCUUUCCAUAAACAAGCUUUCUGGCUCAAUACCUCAUGAAGUAGGAAUGGUUGGGUCUCUUAGUAAACUUGAUUUAUCAAGUAACAAUCUUUCAGGACCAAUUCCUACUUCUAUAGGAAAUUUGAAAAAUUUGUCUAUCCUUUAUCUUUACCAAAACAAGCUUUCUGGCUCAAUACCUCAAGAAGUAGGAAUGCUUAGGUCUCUCACUAAACUUGGUUUAUCACGUAACAAUCUUUCAGGUCCAAUUCCUACUUCUAUAGGAAAUUUGAAAAUUUUGUCUAGCCUUUUUCUUUGGAAAAACAAUCUUUCUGGCUCAAUACCUCAAGAAGUAGGAAUGCUUGGGUCUCUUAGUAAUCUUGAUUUAUCACGUAACAAUCUUUCAGGUCCAAUUCCUACUUCUAUAGGAAAUUUGAAAAAUUUGUCUAUCCUUUCUCUUUCCGGAAACAAGCUUUCUGGUUCAAUACCUCAAGAAGUAGGAAUGCUUAGGUCUCUUAGUAUACUUAGUUUAUCACGUAACAAUCUUUCAGGUCCAAUUCCUACUUCUAUAGCAUUUCAUAGUGAGAUUCAUUCUUUAACAAAUAUACGACAUCGCAACAUUGUCAAGUUGUAUGGUUUUUGCUCGAAUGCAGAACAUUCUUUUCUAGUUUGUGAGUUUAUAGAAAGGGGAAGUUUGAGGAAGAUUCUUACCAAUGAAGAAGAAGCAAUGGAUCUAAACUGGAUCAAGAGGCUAAAUGUGAUUAAAGGGCUAGCCAAUGCAUUGUGUUACAUGCACCAUGAAUGUUCAACCCCUAUAAUUCACCAGGAUAUUAGUAGCAACAAUGUUUUAUUGGAUUUAGAGUAUGAGGCUCAUGUCUCUAACUUUGGCACUGCUCGGAUUUUGAAGCCUAACUCCUCCGUCCGGUCCUUAGUUGCUGGUACCUUUGGCUACAUUGCUCCAGAGCUGGCUUACACAAUGGAAGUGAAUGAAAAAUGUGAUGUUUAUAGCUUUGGUGUUGUCACAAUGGAAGUACUCAUGGGAAGACAUCCAAGUGAUUUGAUAUCUGCUUUAUUAUCGCAAUUGGCACCAUUACCGUCUUCAACACCACCAAACUGGCGGCAAAUGUUGAUCAAAGAUUUAAUAGACCCAAGACUAUUAGUUCCAACAGGUGAGGCAACGGUGCAUGUGGCCUCCACCGUGAGGCUAGCACUUGUAUGCUUGCAAGCCAAUCCUCAAUAUCGACCAACCAUGCGACAAGUUUCUCAGGCCCUUACUAGUGAGUGGCCUCCAUUGCCAAAGCCCUUCUCCAUGAUAACAUUGGAAGACUUGGUGGGGCAAGAUUUGUCGGGCUGAGGUGUUUUGUGUAAAAAAGCUAGGUUUUUCCAUUUGCGUUUCUAGUUCGACCAACUAUGUCUCUUGCUUGUGAUUAUUUUCUUAAUCCUUUGUACUUUUUCUUUUUCCGUUUUUUUCUUUGGCUGAUACUUAAUCCCUUGUACUUGUUCUUCUUCAUCCCUGGGGAACGCAUUCUAUAUCAUGUUACCAAUAUUUGUCCAAUCUUAACACAAGCUAUCGAUUCACAUUAAAAAAUAAUUAGGGCA